AUGGAAUUUUCUGACAUAGAAGAUACUGGAAAAAGGCGAAAUGCCCCAGGGGCAGCAGAAAUCACCAUUCCUGCUUCUCAACCUCAGGUUCCGAUUGUGGACGUACGACCUCCUACGGCUGCAGGGUCGGUGCCUCUUACUCAGCUAUCACAUUUAGCACCAGCGGCAUCCCCAGGAUCUCGAUGGAAUCGAACUCCAAAUUACAGUGGAGCAAUCCCACCACCACCUUCUCCUCCAUGGAUUCUUAAUCCAGCACAGCGUUCUGGCUUGUUUGAACACCGCCCACCUCCUCCACCUCCAUUAUCACGGCAGCAUCCCACGAAAGGUGGAGUCCAGCCUCCGUUUGUACCGCCUAAUGACGUAUCUGUGCACCAUCCACCACCACUGCAUAGCUCUAUGCCUGAGAAGCGAUACGCUUUAGUACCUGAUCAACAUUACGGCGUCCCAGUGGAGGUAAGAAAAGAUACCAUAUAUGGCUACCAGCAGCCUCUGCAAGAAAGAAACGGCUAUUCAUCAGUCCGGCAACAUAAGUCGGAAACUAGAGAAGAUCGCGGAUACGGCAUUCAACAAAUUAAGAAGUCCCUUCAAGACUCUGUGCGUGAUCGGCAAUACGAUGCCGUAAGAGAAACUAGAGAAGAUCGUGGCUACAGCAGUUAUCAACGGCAUCAAAAUAAAUCUCCACGUGAUUCUGAUCGACGCUACGAUGUUAGAACGGAGAAUCGAGAAGAUCGCGGGUACACCAGUAAUCGUCGAUCCCCACAGGAGACCAAUGCGUGUGCACUUGACCCACACUAUGACGCCCCGAUAAAUUCGACAGAAGAGCGUGGAUACGGGGUGCAGCUACCCCAAAAACCUCAAAAAUCUCCGAGAACAAAUCAAGAACAGUACUUAUCAGGUGGGCAUCGUCAAAAUAAAGAGCGCUUUUACGAAGGCAAACGGUCGCGCUCUUUCUCCCAGUCACGAUCGUCGCGACGUGAACGAGGUCGUUCUCGGCGCCGUUCUUGCUCUCGCUCAUCGUCCCGGUCUCGGUCAAAGUCGUAUUCUGUUUCUUCUUCCCGGUCGCGGUCACCACGUAAUCGCUCACAUUGCCACACCAAUCGCGCCUACGCUGAUGGUCGACGCGAAACAAAAGAGGUUAGAUCGGAGAGAGUGCACUCACGCAGACAACGGUCCAGAUCGUGUAGCAGCUCGAGGUCGUCUAGUUCCCAAUCACCUUCUGCAUCGCCGCCCGCCAAGCGAUACCGUCGACGUUCGUCAGACCGCAGCCCUUUGCAAUCUUCGCGCCGACACUCGUCGCAUUCGACAUUACGUCAUCCUUCUCACUCGACGACAGAGUACCUGAAAGACCAUCCAGAGGAAGUUGUAAAAGAUUAUUUGAAAGAGUAUACGAAGGGGUAUUCAAAGGAGUUUGCCAAGGACUAUUCAAGAGAGUAUGUGAAGGACCAUCCGAAGAAGUACGCAAAAGAAUACGUGAGGAACUACCCAAAAAAGCACUUCUCAAAGAAUUUUCCGAAAGAGCACGUGAAAGACUACCGCUGGGACUCGCAUUCCCUGGAUCCACAGUAUCAGCGGCGAUCGUCUUCGCAGGAUCGGCAUCGGUCUCACCCGCGAGACUACGACCGAGAGGACGAGCCAAAGGGCGUGGACGUUCGUUUCAAGCCAGCUCCGGCCCCCGAAAAGCUUCGUCGACCCACCCGAUGGCAACCGAGGCCAUAA